AAUUACACCUCACUCCCCAGUCCCCUGCACUGGCGCAACAAAGGGCGUUGGUCUUUUCAACUCCCCCUAUAUGCUGCUACCAUACGCUCCCUCAGCGCACCAACGCAUUUUCAUUCUUUCCCAUGCCAACGGCUACUAUUCUCCUCGCUAUGGCGCUCUGCGCCACCCUAAUCUCCUCAUUAACCUGCGCCGCCGUCGUAUCCGAGAUCCUGGCCUUGCUCUCCUUCAAACAGAAUAUUUUCGAUCCUCGUGGAGCCAUGGAUGGUUGGAAUGCGUCCACUCCCGCCGCGCCGUGCGACUGGCGUGGCAUUCUGUGCUCCGCCGGCAGGGUGAGUGAGCUCCAUCUGCCGCGCCUUCAGCUCGGCGGCCGGCUCAGCGAGCAGCUCGGUGACCUGCGCCAGCUGCGGGCGUUAAGUCUCCAUUCCAACAACCUGAACGGUUCAAUCCCGCAGGCACUCUCCCGGUGCACACUCUUACGCACUGUCUAUUUGCAGUACAAUUCAUUCACCGGCGAGAUUUCACCCUCAUUUUUCUAUAACCUCACAAAUCUCCAAGUUUUUAACCUAGGCCACAACCUCAUCUCCGGCGAAAUCCCCGACGAACUUCCGGCACGCCUCCAGGUGCUCGACCUCUCAUCCAACUCAUUCUCCGGGAAGAUUCCGGUGAACUUUUCGGCUAGUCACCAGCUCCAGGUCAUCGAUCUAUCGUUCAACCAUUUAUCCGGCAGCAUUCCGGCGACGAUCGGAACGCUGCAGCAGUUAGAGUAUUUAUUCCUCGACGAUAACGAACUCCACGGGACGAUUCCAUCGGCCAUAUCGAACUGUUCUUCACUCAUCCACGUUAGUGCUGGGGAUAAUAUGCUGUCCGGCGUCGUUCCGGCUACAAUGGGGUCACUUAAAAGUCUUCAAGUUAUCUCAUUGCCUCGCAAUCAGCUAUCCGGCGUCGUUUCCUCAUCCUUAUUUUGUAAAAUGACAGAACGGAAUGCUACAGUCAGGAUUCUUGACUUGAGUUCAAAUGCGCUCACGGGGAUAGAGAACCAUGCUGGUGCAACGUGCGCUGGUGUUCUGGAAGUUCUAAACCUUCACGGGAAUCGGAUAAAUGGGUUCUUUCCUGAUUUUGUAAUGAAUUUGUCGACGUUAAAAGUUUUAGAUAUUUCUGGGAAUUUGAUAUCCGGGUUUUUGCCGGAUAGGAUUGGGAAUUUGGUUUCUCUGGAGGAGUUUAGAGCGCGGAACAAUUCACUAUCUGGUGGAAUUCCGGAUAACGUGACAAAAUGUGUGUCACUAAGAGUGCUUGACAUUGGGAAAAAUCGGUUUUCUGGUUUAAUACCGGAGUUUAUAGGGGAAAUGAAGGGAUUGGCAAUGUUAUUUCUCGGCGGGAAUUUGUUCACUGGUAGAAUUCCUGAGAGCUUAAGCGAUCUUUACUUGCUAGAAUUGUUGGAUUUGAGUGAUAAUAUGCUGAAUGGGACUGUGCCUCUUGAAUUGAUGAGGCUUAGCAAUUUGAGCACUCUAAAUUUGAGUAAUAACAGAUUUUCGGAUGAAGUGCUGGUAAAUAUUGGUAAAUUUAAAGGUUUAGAAGUUCUGAAUAUGAGUGGUUGCGGGUUUUCAGGAGCGAUCCCAUCAAGUGUUGGGAAUCUUUUGAGGCUCAAAACUCUUGAUAUGAGUAAGCAAAACUUGUCGGGGGAGUUGCCUGUUGAGCUCUUUGGGUUGCCAAGUUUGCAGGUUGUGGCUCUUCAGGAAAAUUUGUUGUCUGGAAAUGUGCCUGAAGGUUUUAGCAGCUUGUCUAAUUUGCAGUAUCUCAAUCUUUCAUCAAAUGCUUUCUCUGGUCAGAUUCCGGCUACUUAUGGAUUUCUGAGAUCAUUAAGUGUUCUUUCACUGUCUCAUAAUCAUAUAAGUGGCUCAAUUCCAGUGGAGUUGAGCAAUUGUUCUGGUCUUGAAGGUUUAGAACUCAGAGAAAAUGACUUCACCGGUGAAAUUCCAGCUGGUUUUUCCCAUUUGUCUCAUUUACAGAGGCUUGAUCUAGGCCAGAAUAAUUUAACAGGUGAAAUUCCAGAAAGCCUUUCCAACUGUUCGUCUUUGAUUGUCCUAUUAUUGGAUUCAAAUCACCUCUCAGGCCACAUUCCGGACGCACUAUCGAAGUUAUCGAUGUUAAUGGAACUGGAUGUAUCUUCGAAUAAUCUGACUGGAGCAAUUCCAGCAAAUCUUUCACUUAUCUCAACCUUGCAACACUUAAAUUUGUCAGGUAAUAACCUUGAGGGUCGGAUUCCUGAGGCACUGGCUUCUCGUUUUAGUGAUCCUUCCAUCUAUACCAUGAAUAAAAAUUUAUGUGGACAACCACUGAAAAAGAAUUGCCCAAGGGAGAAAAGGCGGAAAAGAAAGAGAUUGAUUCUUUAUAUAGUUGUGGCUGUGGCAGGGAGUUUACUGCUGUUAUUGUGUUGUUGUGGUUACGUAUACAGUCUGCUAAGGUGGCGCAAGAGACUGAGAGAGGGGACAUCAGGAGAGAAGAAGCGAAGCCCCAGUUCCAGUUCACAAGGGGGACGUGGAAGUGGAGAAAAUGGUCCACCUAAGCUUGUUAUGUUCAACAACAAGAUCACAUAUGCUGAAACCCUAGAAGCAACAAGACAGUUCGAUGAAGAAAACGUGUUGAGCCGAGGGAAGUAUGGGCUGUUAUUUAAAGCUACUUAUGCUGAUGGAAUGGUGCUCGCAAUUCGCCGCCUUCCUGACACAUCCAUUGUGGAGAACACCUUCCGUAAAGAAGCUGAAUCCCUAGGCAAAGUUAAACAUCGAAACCUGACAGUUCUUCGUGGCUAUUAUGCUGGACCGCCUCCAGAUAUGAGACUUCUUAUUUACGACUACAUGCCUAAUGGAAAUCUUGCCACCCUUCUUCAAGAGGCAUCACACCAAGAAGGACAUGUGCUGAACUGGCCAAUGCGCCACCUGAUUGCUCUAGGUAUAGCUCGUGGCCUAGCAUUCUUGCAUUCGAUCUCAACAAUACAUGGGGAUGUGAAGCCACAAAACGUUCUCUUCGAUGCUGAUUUUGAGGCUCAUCUCUCUGAUUUUGGGCUGGAUAAACUGACAAUACCUAAUCCAGCUGAAGCUUCCACCUCUGCCACACCAGUUGGGAGUCUAGGCUAUGCAGCACCAGAAGCUACAUUAACAGGGCAACCAACUAAAGAAGCGGAUGUAUACAGUUUCGGGAUUGUGGUGUUGGAGAUAUUGACUGGAAAAAAACCAAUGAUGUUUACAGAAGAUGAGGACAUUGUGAAAUGGGUGAAGAGACAACUACAAAGAGGCCAAGUUUCAGAAUUGCUCGAUCAGGGCUUGCUGGAACUCGAUCCUGAGUCAUCGGAGUGGGAAGAAUUCUUGAUGGGAGUGAAAGUUGGAUUGCUUUGCACAAUGCCUGACCCUCUUGAAAGACCUUCCAUGACUGAUGUUGUCUUCAUGCUCGAAGGCUGCCGGUUAGGCCCAGAAAUUCCUUCCUCUGCUGAUCCCACCACGGUAACUUCACCCACCUGAAAAUUAAUACCCUGCACGAAUUCAUU